AUGGAAUGCGAAGAGGAAAAGUAUACACAACAACUAAAGGUACAGAAAGAUUACAAUCAAGGAGUGUUGGAGUACUGCUUGCCGUGGUUCAUCAUUGCUAGAAUACUAAAGGAGGCAUUUGACACUUGUGAUAUCUGUACUUGUGUACAUUCACAUGACUAUAGAGAUGCUGUGGAGCAACAACGAUUGGCACCAGCAGCAGCGAUAAAAACUCGUCACUAUUCAUAUCCUGACAAGAAGGAAUGUGAACAAAAUCUGUAUGUGUUUCGGUUUACGCAGGCACAUUUGUUGGUCACGAAACAUGAACUUGAUAGAGAUGACAUGUGUCCUAUUCACAGAUUCUCCGUCGAUAAGGGACACCAACCAAAAUUCAAUUUCGAUAAGGAUGGAAGCACCAGAUGGACCGACUGUAGCAGUCGAUGGAAGAGAUCUUUGGUAGUUGUCUCCAAGAGAGUAUACUCGUACGUGCUAACCAACCUAUUCACCGAUUUAAAGCUGGACGAUGGAGAUCUCCCUAUCAAGCCUUUCAAAUACGGUUAUCACGCCGUCAAGACACUCAGAGUUUAUUAUUGCUCAAGUUUUGACAAAUUCCUAACCAGUGACUCACCGUUCAAAGAGAGGUUAAAGGUGGUCGACAAGAUUCACCUCCAAGGGUUACACUAUAUUAAUCUGGACAUAUUUGUCACUCAUAUGCCCACUAUCAAGAGUAUAAAUCAUUUUGGCCCUGUCCAAGAUUUUUCAAUACCAAUAUUAUUCACCAAAUUCCGCAACCUCACAUCCAUCAACCUUUUCAGUGCUUGCACCCUUGGUUAUAAAGGUCCAGAGUAUUUUCAACCAAUAUCAACAUUGCUCAAACCAGGUACUCGUAUCACCAAGAUCAUUCUUCCAGAACAUUUUGAUUGGGAUUCAUUGGAUGCACAAGUCAAACAAAACCUUCGAGCCAUAUCAUCACCAGACCUCAAUCUAAAUAUCAAACAAGAGGACUUUCCCAAUCUCAACCACAUUGUUUAUGGUGUAUCUAUAAGGGAUUUGGGGUUGUUUGUGCCUGCCACUGUCGUAAAAGUUACCUUCUCUGCACAUAAAAAAGGUUUAUUAGAUUUGUUGGUUGAGCAAGCUCCACAAGUUCAUAUUGUCAGAUUCAAAAAACCGCUACCAUAUCAAACUCCUGAAUUGGUAAUCGGUUUGGAUAAAAUUCAAUCAUCUAUCAACCAAAAGAGUAUCAAAAGAAUCAUCAUUGAUUCACAAACAGCUAUUUUAGAGAGUAAUGUCAUUAGAUUUAAAGAAUUGGGUUAUGAAUAUCUUGGAUCAACUCAUUCAAAUACAUCACAUUACAAAUUACAAUUUAAAUUAAUAGAGAAUAAUAAUAUUGAAAAUAAUAAUAAUAUUGAUAAUAAUAAUAUUAAAAAUGGUAUUGAUAAUGAUAAUACUAGUAAUAAUAAUAAUAAUAAUAAUAAUAAUAAUAAUAAUAAUAAUAAUAAUAAUAAUAAUAAUAAUAAUAAUAAUAGUCAACAAUUACCAAAUAAUAUUAUUCGACAGAUUAUAUCAAUGGUUUGGAAUUUAAGAGAUCGUUGUACUUGUAUUUAUAUAACACGAAUAUUGGAUGUUUGGAAUCGCUGUACCACAAAAAUAUUGGAUAAAGAAGGAUUUUUGGAAUAUUUUGAAUCAAUCAAGAAUCAAUGUUCAGUUCAUUUUUCAACGAAAAUAACCUAUUCGCCACUUGGAUUCAAUGGCAUUGAUGUCAACAGAUCAAGAUUACAACUAUCACUCAUUUCAAAAGAUAUAUUCAAUCUUAUCAAAUUAAAUCAUUUUAAUCAUUUAUUUAUCCCCAUACAUAUAUUAAAUCGUCAUUGCAGUAAAACUAACAAUGAUUAUUGUAUAUUAGAAAACAUCAAUUCGAUACUUGUUCCCAAAGACGAAUACACCUAUAACAACUACGUCGACAUAAACGACAACAUCGGCAACAACAACAACGGCACCGAUGAUAUCCAACAACAAUUAAAUGAAAAAGAAAGAUUGGCAAUCACAAAGAUAGAAUGCUCGAUUAAAAGAUCGAUUGAUUUCAUUCAAAAAUUAUCCAAUAUCAAAUCUCUUGUCCUUUUGGAUGGCGAUAUUGAUGCUGACACAAGACCAAAGUUACUUGGUGCUAUUGAUGGAUUCAAGUUCUUGACAAAAUUGGAUAUACGCCAUCUAACCGACAUUGAUACCCUUCGUAGUCUCGGCAGUACAUUAAAAGGCAAAGCAAUCACCAAACUCUAUUGUUCACAUUAUAUCAAUAUCACAGAUGAUGUCAAACAAUCACUCAUAUCCAUCUCAAUCAAUUCCAAACAAUUGAAAAUUCUAAAUCAAUGUCCAAAUGUCAACAGAUUACAUCUCACUUGUAAAAAGGGAAACCAGAUAAAGUUACCAAAUAGAAUCAAAAAGAUAACAACAUCAACCUAUUAUACAACACAAUCUCUUCAACUCAAUCCAUCAGUUCAAACAUUCAAAUACAUUGAUCUGUGCUCCCACAGCUAUAUUUAUAUUUUAUUGAUGGAACUUUCAGAUGUUGGUCAUAUUCAAAGAUUUAUGUAUCGAUCGGGAACUAUCAACCCACCCAUACUAGACAUGUCAGAUACAUGCUUCGAAAUCGAUUACUCUACAUCUAGAAUAACUGGGGCCACUCCCAGAUACAGCACAACUCAUAUGUACAGUUCAUUUCAAAUGUACAACCAAUUCACCUUGUCAUUCUCAAGAGCUGAAAAAUGA